CAGUGCUAGUACGGUUUGCGGCUUAAGCGCCGCCGCGGUCUGAGGAAUGUCAACUAUUCAACAUGGAGGCGGAGGUCGAUAAGCUGGAACUGAUGAAAAAUCCUGUUACACUCUUAAAGGAAUUGUCAGCAAUAAAGUCUCGAUAUCAAACUUUGCAUGCACGCUUUAAACCAGUUGCUGUCGAGCAUAAAGAGACUAAGAGCCGCAUUUGUGCUACUUUCAAUAAGACUAUGACCUUGAUACAAGAACUACAAAAGCAAACAGACUUGAAGCUGUUACCACUGACUGAAGAAGAGAAAACUGCGGCAGAGCAAUUAAGAGCUCACAUGUCAGACUUAUGAUGAAGAAAUGGACUUGCAAAAGGGAACUCUAAUGGGGAAGAGAUCAAUUCCAGAGAGAUUUAGGGAGCUGUCUUGUUAGCAUUUGAUGACUGUGGUGGGGGGAUGACAAAGGAGAUUUGGCUUGGGUUACGGGAUAGUGAUGCCUUCCACAGAGAGGGGAAUAUGAGAAGAAGGGCAGAUAUUGUACUC